AUGUUUCACAAGCAAUUCUUUGGAACAACGGCUUCGUCCUAUAUUCUGCAGGAAUGUCGGAAUGCUGAGCUGCUUGAAGAGGUAAUUUGGCAUGCAGUUCUUCCAAACACGGAAUGUUCGUCUUCUGCAACUGGACAUUAA